AUGGCGAGCUCUUCUAAGUGCACUGGCCCCAUUAUACCCAACGAGGACGGUCCAGCGUUCAGGUGCUUCAAAAAGUUUCGUAGCGACGUUGUCCUCUUGCUUUACUCACCUUAUGUUAUUUGUUUGGCUUCUGGGACUCUCAAUAUCGACGCCUUCCGCCAUAGCAUUUCCCAGGACGUUGCUUUUCUCAAUGCUUUUGCUCGAGCAUAUGAAUUGGCGGAAGAUUGUGCAGAUGAUGACGAUGAAAAGUUAGACAUCUCGAAGUUGAGGAAGAAAAUUUUAGAUGCGCUAGAAAUGCAUGAUACUAUUGUAGAGGACUGGGGUUUGGACUCCACUAAAGAUUGCCCUGUCCAUCCUGCAACUUUGAAGUACACAGAAUUUGUACUGGAAACAGCUUCCGGGAAGGUUGGACAAUUGAAACCAUUCGCAACAUUUGCCACUAAAUUUGAGAAAACAAAACUUGCAGCAUACAUUCUAGGAACAAUCGCACCUUGCAUUAGGCUGCAUGCCUUUCUGGCUAAGGAGAUAAAAGAACUUCAAGAUUCUAAGGAGAACAACCACCCGUACGAAAAGUGGAUUUACAAUUACUCUUGUGAGGACUUUCAGAAAUUUGUUCAACAAACCGAAGACUUGAUGGAUAAACUUAGUGUCGCUUUCAUAGGGGAGGAACUAAACAUCAAUGAGAAGCUUUAUCAACAAGGCCUGAAACUCGUAAUCGUAUUCUUCCAUGCUCAAGAGCUUACUCAGCCCACUGUUGUUCCUCUGACGAAGGCGCUUGACCCUGCAAGAGACCGUCUUGUGUUAUUUUCCGAUUUUGAUCUUACUUGCUCAGUUCAUGAUUCAUCUUCCAUUUUGGCCGAGAUUGCAAUAGUGAGAGCCCCUAAAUCGGAUGAGAACCAACCUGAAGGUCAAAUUACUGGAAUGUUAGAAGCUGAGAUGAGGAAAACAUGGCGUGCAAUUUCCAGAGAAUACUCAGAAGAGUAUGAACGAUGCAUAGAAAGCAUUUUGCCACCUCAGAAAGUGGAGUUCAACUAUGAAACUCUGCACGCAGCACUUGAGAAAGUCUCAGAUUUUGAGCAAAGGGAAAAUCAUAAGGUGGUCGAGGCAGGGCUACUCAAGGGUCUAAAAUUGGAAGACAUUAAACGAGCCGGUGAACGAAUGAUGUUUCAAGAUGGUUGCAUUAGUUUCUUUCAGAAAAUCACAAAGAAUGAAAAUACCGAUAUCCAUGUUCUUUCUUAUUGCUGGUGUAGUGAUCUCGUCCGAGCCGCGUUUUCUUCAGGGGGUUUAGAUGUUGUGAACAUACUUGCAAACGAAUUCAGCUUUGACGAAUCGGGAUCCACCGGUGAAAUCAUUGGGAAAAUAGAGACUCCGAUCGACAAGGUUGAAGCUUUCUGUGAGAUCCUACAAGGCUGCAGUGAUGACAAAAGGAAGUUGACGGUUUUCAUUGGAGACUCGGUUGGAGAUUUGCUAUGUUUGCUGAAAGCGGAUAUAGGCAUUGUGAUUGGAACGAGUAUAAGCCUAAGAAUAGUGGGGACUUAUUAUGGAGUUUCAUUUCUGCCAUUUUUCCCUUCUUUGGUUAAGAAACAGAAGGAAUUGGGUGCUGAAGGAAGCCAUUGCCUUUGGAAGCGCGAAUCAGGCAUUCUUUACACUGUCUCCACUUGGGAAGAAAUUCAUGCCUUGGUUCUGGGAAAUUAG